AUGGCGGGAGGUGUACGUGUUACAUCCAAGACAAAGUUCUCGAAGACCAAGAUCAAGGCCACAGAUGCACAGAUAUAUACAUUGGUGGGACGACGUACCUACCUCCGUAUCGACCUCGACGCCCUUGACAACAACCUCGCCAUUCUCAGACGCCAGUGUUCACCGUUUACAGACAUCAUAGCAGUGGUGAAAGCCAACGCCUACGGUCAUGGCAGCGUGGAGAUAUCCAGGUAUCUGGAGUCCCGGGGGGUCGGGCACUUCGCCGUCGCCACCCCAGAGGAAGGCGCUCAGCUUAGGCAGACUAGAGAGAGACACCAGGUGGUGCUGAAGAUUGACACGGGGAUGUCCAGGAACGGGUGUCAGACUCACGACUUCCCCUGCGUUAUUGAAGGAUGGGACAAUCCAGAUUUCACCCGUCACCAGUUCAACACCUUCAUGUCUCUGACCGAACCGUACAGGAGACUUGGGGUGAAACUGCAUGUCGCCAGCUCGUCGGCCAUUGUACAUGGGCUUGGGACCAAUCUGGAGUUCAUCCGAUAUGGUGCUAACCUGUACGGUCUGCAGACAGAUGCCAGUUCUGCUGAACAAGUGCGGUCACUAGGACUCAAACCUAUUCUCUCGUGGCGAGCUCGCCCCAACCUCAUCAAACAACUGCCCCAGGGCAGAACUGUUGGAUACGGCAACCACUACAUAACACUUGGCACAGAGACAAUAGCGACCUUCGGUCUUGGCUUUGCGGACGGGUAUGACUUGUUACUUUCUGGGAAAGGCGUCGUUACGCUCCAGAAAGAUGGUCUUCUGUGUCCAGUUGUUGGUAAAGUGUCCAUGGAUGCCAUCACAGUCCGUUUGGAUGAACCAAGGCCUUCGUACGCUACGUUCAACAUCAUCACAGAUGACUUCACCUCCCCGAACAGCUUGACUCGGAUGUCUGCCGCGCUUGGUAUGGAUUCUGUGGAAGUGGUAACAAAGCUAUCUUGCAGACUGGCCCGUGUCUUCGUGUCGGGAGCGCAUGUGGAAGCCGUCAGUCAUUAA